AUGGCAAGCAUAGAGCGUAGAAAAUUCGUCGCCGAAACCAAAAUGGAGGAGUUUGAUUUGAUGCUAUUAACAUCCAUACCCGUUUACUCUCCGCCUCGCGAGAGGAUCGAGUUUGAUUACGAGCGUGACGCGUUGAACAGUCGAAUGAAUGUUACUGAUAGAGAAAAAAGGAAUGAGGAGGUCAACAUGGUAGAAGAGGAAACGGGAACAGAAGACGCACAAGAAACCGCUAGCAUAACAGAAAACGCGAGUGAAUAUGAAUACGCCGAUUGUGUCGAUGAAUAUGAUGAGGAGUCGGAAUAUGAAUGUAUAGACGAAGACAACGUAGAAGAAGACAACGACGAUAUGGUUGCAAACGAUAUGGAUGAAGAGGAUCGAGCAACAGACAUAUCGAUCGAAGGCAAACACACAGAGUACACUCAUGCUCACUCACCUCCCAAUAAAAUAUUGCUAAACGGCAGGCACGACAAUAUCGAGAUACACUACCCAGGCAGCUUCCACGGUGGCACAGAGUACAUAGAAGAGCACUUUAACGAGCAGUACACUUUGGACGACGUAUACCCGUCCUGUUUUCAUUCUCGCAUGGCUUCCUCUACGUCCGCACCAAAGUCUCGCUAUUUUCUCUCCAACCUAACUCGAAAUCUCCCGCCAUGCCCAGAGACAAUUCCCAACAUUUCCUACCCUCUUCAUCUUCACCCUCACGGCGCGUUGAUUUAUUCGACGAUAACUAAUCCACAACUGCAGAAUAUUCGUAUUUCAUUUCAUCCACUUGGACAUGUUUGUGUGUCCCACGGGAGAGAGGGAGAGAGACGUGAGUUUGAAUAUUUUUGCGCGGACGGGAGCUACUAUCGCAUUUGCAAAGAUGGGAGCAGAGUGUUUGACAGUGGAACUGGGGUGAAAUGGCAUCGACCUGGCUUGAGCAUGGAAAAGGGGGAGGAGAGGGAUCAGAGAAGAGCAGGGAAAGCUGUAAGAUAUAUCACUGUAUUGGAAAGCAGGAAAAAGUACUAUAACGUAAGAGGAUUUGCAUGA